AGUUAACCCGCUAGCUAAAAUAAAAAAUGGCGGAACCCGCAGCGCCUGAUGCAUCAAAACGCCGAAAAAGCGGUUGUCAACUAAGGAAAUAUUUUCUCGAUCUUAUUGCUGGAAAGUUCACGCCUGAAUCUAAUGAUCCCCUGGAUCAGUGGACAAUAAAAGAGAAGCUAGCUGUAGCCUCUGCUGUUCAAAAACACGGAGACCAAAAUUGGCCGGCGGUAGUUCGAAUAUGUAAACCUUUAGCUGAAAAGUAUCGGAAAGAUGAUUUCUUUAAUACAAAAACUUGUGCUGCUAUGUAUAAUCGACUUUUGGAACAAUUCGAUACAAAGAGGAAGAGGAUAGAAAAAAACUUUGAAGCUCCUGCCAGUUCAAAUGCUUUAACCGCUAGUAACGGUCAAGAUAAAAGUAUUGUGGACCAAAUUGUACAAAAAUUAACUAUUGAUAGAAUUGAACAAUUAAAGGGAUUGAUUCCCAAGUAUCACGAAGUUUAUGAUCAAAUUGAAGCAGACUUAGAAGCCUGUGAUAGGGAUGACUUUGAAAGGAAUCCUGAAACUGAUUUUCUUUGCCAAGUGGAAAUUCUACAAGAACUUGGCUAUAAAUUAGACGACGAGAGAUGUAAAGUUAUUUGGAAUUUUGAUGAUCAAGGAUGCACGUUUGUCCUACCUAAAGCGACAAAGGAAGAAACUCAAUUAGCCUUGGAUAAAAAUGUUUGUCCACCCGGAAACAUUUGGUGCCAGCUCGUUGAUGGAAAUAAGUUUGUCACAUUAGGUAGGGAAGUUGACUUUAAAUCAUGUUCUCGACCGCCUGUUGCCGUUGAUAUGUGGGAUUUGUUAAAAGUUAUGGAGAGCAAUGUUGUUGAUUCAACAAAAACACCAUGGCUUCCGCUAAAAGAAAUUAAUAGGGUAAGUAUUACGCCGAAGGGAGAUGAUGAAUUAAUAUACGUAAAGAACUCCUUCAAACUUAUUUGGAAGAAAGCUACUGAUGCAGAUGAGACUGAUUCACCAAACUUAGAUCUUGAAGAUGCUCUUGCUGUUAUUAAGCAACAAGAGGAGGAAGAUAAGAGAAAAGCUUCUGUCUCACUUCCUGCUACCGAAGAGAAAGAUGUCGCUGAUAUAAAGAUCGAACCAAGCAUAAUAGGAACGCUUGAGGAGAAAAAGAUUAUCUGCACAGAAGAAACAAUUGAAGAAGCUGUUGACAAUGAAAUGACAAUUGUUGAUGUUAGCACUGUAGAGUCUGAAUUGAAUAAUGAAACAAAACAGGAUACUCCUACAGUUUCAAACGAAAAGAUUGAAUCCCCAACUAGUGAUAUUGAGGUUACAGAAGCGCCAACAAAUAAUACGAUAAAGCAGGAAGAAGAAACGGAAAAGGAGCCUGAUGUCCUCGAAAAUGCUACAGAAUCAUCCACUGGCGAAGCUUCCCGUAGAAUUAUUAAAAAUAUUAUCAACGAAAAAGAAGAAAAGUCACUAGAGGACGAUGAAAUUUUCACCAAGCCUCAAUCAGUUAAAAGUAACGAACAGCAACCAGAAGAAAGUGUUGACGUUAUCGAACCACCAAAAGAGAUUAAAGAAGAAGUUAAAGAAGGAGAGGAUAAGAUCAUCGAAGUUGUCAGUCCAAAAACACCCACUACACCUCAACCCGCCAAGUCAGUCAAUAAUAAAAAAACAAAGAGAAGAAGUUCUCGAAUACGAGAUUUUCGAAAGGACUCCACUGCAUCUGAUUCACAAGAGUCAAUACCGCCUAGUCCUGUAACAGCCGAUUCAGACACCGAAGCUGAGAGAGAGCAAAGAGUUUGGAGGAAGACAGCUAUGCUAAUGUACAGGGAGAUUUCUCAACAUAAAUAUGCCAAUCCGUUCAUGAAACCCGUGACUGACACGCAAGUACCCGGUUAUUCAAAAUUAAUCUUCAAACCUAUGGACCUAAGUACCAUUCGCAAGAACAUUGAAAAUGGACUAAUAAAAAAUCACAAUGAACUUCGAAGAGACGUUCUCUUAAUGCUAGCCAAUGCAAGAAUGUUCAAUACAGAAGACGAACAAGUCUUUGAUAUGGCCGGAUCAAUGAUGACUGAUGUCAUUGAAGGACUUCUCAAUAUUUUAAAGCGAUAUGCUUCUACAAAUGUGCCAAAGGAAGUGGUUAUUGUCAGUGCGGCAAGAACACCAAUUGGAUGUUUCCAAAGUUCCCUCUCGUCCAUGACCGCCCCUGAACUUGGGACCGUCGCCAUAAAAGGAGCAAUUGAUCGCGCCGGAAUACAAGCAACAGAUAUUGAAGAAGUUUACAUGGGCCAAGUGAUUCAAGCUCGUGCUAAACAAGCCCCUACGAGACAAGCUGCAUUGGGAGCCAAAUGUUCGGACACAACUCCUUGCACAACAAUUAACAAAGUAUGUGCUUCUGGUAUGAAAGCGAUAAUGAUGGCAGCUCAAUCCCUAAUGUUAGGACAUAGAAAAGUAAUGAUAGCUGGUGGUAUGGAGAGUAUGUCUAAUGUACCUUAUUAUAUGGCACGUGGAGCAACACCCUAUGGUGGUAUAACGGUCAAUGACGGAAUUGUAUUCGACGGUCUGACUGACGCCUACGACAACUGUCAUAUGGGCGUUUGCGCCGAGAAUACAGUUACACAAAUGGGCAUUACCCGAGAAGAACAAGAUGAAUAUGCAAUUAGAAGUUAUAAAAAAAGCCAAGCAAGUAUGGAGAAUGGAAUCUUUGCUAAAGAGAUUGUACCGGUGACUAUCAAAACGAGAAAGGGAGAAACUAUUGUUGAAAAAGAUGAAGAACCUUUAAGAGUAAACUUUGAUAAAAUAUCCCAACUCAAAGCAGUUUUCAAAAGGGAAAACGGAACUGUAACAGCUGGAAAUGCCAGUACUCUUAAUGAUGGAGCGUGUGCUUUAGUGUUAAUGACAGCCGAAGAAGCGGCUAAAAGAAAUUUGAAACCUAUAGCUAAAAUCUUAUCAUUUACCGACGCCGCAACGAAACCUAUUGACUUCCCAAUAGCUCCGGCUUUUGCAGUUCCUCCAGCACUCGAAAUGGCCAACCUUAAAGUUGAAGAUAUUGCCUCAUUCGAAGUGAAUGAAGCUUUCGCCGCAGUUGUCAUAGCGAAUGCAAAAAUGAUGAAUUUGGAUAUGUCCAAGGUUAAUAUCCACGGCGGAGCCGUUAGUAUUGGACACCCAAUUGGAAUGUCAGGAGCUAGAAUUACAGCAUCUCUUGCUCAACAAUUAUCACCUGGUCAGAAGGGUGUCGCUGGAAUUUGUAACGGAGGUGGUGGUGCCUCAGCCAUAGUUAUUGAAAAACUCUAA